AUGUCGUUAUUUCAAGAGUCAUUUGAAAUGCUGAGCGAACAGCAAAGUAUGCGUCUCUUUAAUGUUGUACUUGGUGGAUCGCAAUUGUUUGGUGGUGCUGCAGUGUUUUUGGUAGCGAUAUGGAUGGGUGGAUAUGAGGAUGGAUUUGCUUGGAGUGAUGACCCAGAAAGACAGUUCCAUUACCAUCCAACCUUCAUGACCAUGGGUCUUGUGUUUCUUUACGGAGAAGCAUUAUUGGUCUAUCGCGUAUUCCGUAAUGAGCGCAAACGUUUCUCGAAGUUACUACAUUUAACAUUACACACAAUGGUACUCAUAUUCAUGAUAAUCGCGCUCAAAGCUGUUUGGGAUUCGCACGACUAUCAUCAGAAAGGCGAUCAGCUUGAUCCAUUACCGAAUUUAUAUUCACUGCAUUCAUGGAUCGGUAUUUCGGUUGUUGUUGCGUAUUGCAUUCAGAUGAAUUAUUUUCGUACGACAUCACGUUCAAUCAAUCCAACGUUACAGUAUGUGAGUGGUUUCGCGACGUUCUUCUUUCCUGGGUGCUGGACUCAAGACAAACAACUUUGCGGUGAGCAAGUGGUGAGCAAUUUUCUGGGUCUAACGAUUCUGGCUUAUUGCGCCUCAGUGGUGAUCAUCGUUCUGAAUCCAAGAUGGCGUCGAAGACCACUUCCUGAGGAGGAAUCACUUCAUCAGCUUACCACCACUGAUUAG